CGCACAGAUGAUUUUUGGAUACAGCACUUGGGACGCCGUUUACCCCAACAAUAAAAAUAGACAGAUAUCAAAUAUCGCAUAAAACACACAGAUUGGAAAAUGAAAGGAAUAUAGUGAUCAAAGUCACCGUGUUAGGUGACUCUUCAACCAUCCAGUUAACUUUGCACAUCAAGCAGCCCGAGAAUUUGCAAUCGAAACGAGAAACUUCAGUUCAGUCAGAUCAGCCCAUAUAACGUACAUAUGUUAUACUAUUGAAUCCGGCUCCAAAAUGGAUCGCAAAGAAACUGUUUCGAAGGACCAAGCGGUACGUCGAAUUGCCCAUAAUGACUUUAUAUUAGUCUCACGUCAAUUGCUGAUCAAUCGAGCCGACACGGAUCCGGACAAAGGAAGUGCCAGGAUGUUGAUUAUCUACAGCAGUGGAAAGCAGCACAUCGUCACCUUCAAGCUGCCGAAUCUUGCGUGUAGGGUGCAGGAUCUGUUUUUCCAAAUGGACCUUCAGAUCGAUGAGAGCACCACGAUUGAUUGCAUUGAGAAUGCCGGCGGUAUUAUCCAUUUGGUUGUCUCUGUGGGCUUCCCCAUCAGUGAUAACAUUGCCGAGACGGUUGCCCAUGCGGAGGAGUUCUAUAGGAAGGUGCAUCAGUCAAAGGCAUCAUCGGCUGAUGCCGCUCCACCCAAUGCGAUGGCCGGUGAAGAGCACUCCCCUGCGGUUGUCAAACCAUCAGAGACUGCGGUGGCCAACAAUGGUUGCCAGCCAGCUGCAAGUGCAACCAAAGGCAAGAAGCACAAGAAAAGUCCUUGCGGGAGUCCGGGAGAAAACAAUGAUGGCCAAGUGAUAUUGUCGGCGGAUCAAGACGCCAAUACUAAUACCAAGGCCAAGAAACAGAAGAAGUGCCAUAUUGCAAAGGAUAACAAUGGAAUUCAAGCUGCUAGUUCUCAUGACAACCCUAGUUCAUCUGGCAAUAAACAGGGAAGUCACAACUCCACGGCUAUAACCUCCAAUUCUACAAUGACGAGUAAUGGUCUUCGGGGCGUGCAACCAGCUGAAGAUGCUCCCGCAAUCUCCCAGUGGAUCCAGUCGAGGAACAAUGCCGCUGUUAGCAAGAAAUCGGAAGAGACAGCUGGUGGAUCUCAAUCGCGGGUGCAAUCGAAUGUUGCAUCCAUAUCCUCGCCAGCGGUGAAAGCAACUAGCGACGCUGCUAUACCCACACCAGCAGAACGCGCAGAGCGUAGUCGCCUGCGCCGAAAUCGCAAUUGGAUACUAAGCAGGGACGUUGAUGAAGAUGCCGUGGUGCUGGUGAGCAGCGGUGAUGAGGAGACCACCGCCGCCGAUGAUGGCCAAACCGAGAGAAGACUUUCACCCGAUGAGAAUCAAACCCUUUUCACAUAUCCGCCAACUGGUACCGGUGGCCUGAGCAUCACCAUCAAGGACUUUAUGUGUCUCAGUAAAGGAUCGUAUCUGAACGAUAUAAUCAUUGAUUUUUAUCUGCGCUGGCUAAAGAAUAACAUCAUACCAGAGGAACAGCGCGAUAGGACGCAUAUCUUUAGCACGUUUUUCCACAAAAGAUUGACCACACGAACGAAUCCCAGAAAUACGAAGCAGACGGCGGCCCAGAAGCGUCACGAAAGGGUUGAGAAGUGGACACGAAACGUCAAUAUAUUCGACAAGGACUUCAUUAUAAUACCAUUCAAUGAGCAGUCCCAUUGGAUACUGGCCAUUAUAUGUUAUCCAAACCUUAGAAGCCCGGUGGUAAACAAUAAUAAUGUGCAGACGACACUCAGUGAUGAUAUUCCCAUCAAACAGCCGUUGAUACUUAUUUUCGAUUCGUUGGCAGUCACCUCAAGACAUCGAGCGAUUGCCAUAUUGCGGGAUUAUCUCACCUGUGAGCACAAGGCCAAGUAUCCGAAUGCGCUGGCGCAUGUCUUUAACAAGGAUAAUAUGCCCGGUCAUAGUGUGGAGGUGCCGCAACAGCAGAAUCUUACAGAUUGCGGCCUCUAUCUGCUGCAAUAUGUGGAGCAAUUCUUCACAAAACCCAUCAACGACUAUACACUGCCCAUUAAGGAGCUGAGCAAUUGGUUUGACCUGCUCACAGUAACCAAGAAGCGUGAGGAUAUCGCUAAUCUCAUCAAGAAGCUUAUGAAUGAAAGCAAUCAGCAGCGCAAAAUUUUGCCGGUCAUUAAGUUUCCGACAUUAAAUGGCCAACUGGUGAUGGAUGAGGAGGAUAGCGAGGAGGAGAAUUCUAAAGAGGAGCAUAAAACUACGUUGGUUUGUUCAAAAGACAGAAAACCGCCGAGGAGAAGGAAUACACUCAAAUAAACCACUUGUGAGAGAAGUGAAAAUACAUAUAUUUUCUACAAAACAACUGAACUGAAGACGAUCGCAACGCAAUGCUUUGGAACACUAGGAGGAGCAAAUUGACACGGCGGAGAUGGGUUCACCAGAAAUAUACGUUUUUUCCCUCAAGGAAAAGUUUCAUACACACAUACAAUCACCAAAAAGAGCAGUUCAGCCAACAAGACGAUAAAGAGGCUACCUACUGGAGAGAUAGAGACAGAGACAAAGACAGAGAUCAGGAUCACAGGAUGAGCAUGUUAGGCAGGACGAGGUGGAUGUCAGGAGUUGGAGAAUGGACAAAAAUCAAGAAAAAUUCAAAAUUCAGAAAGUCACCAAAUGAAUAGAAAAUAUUUUAGAAACAAAAUUUGUAAAUAAAAUGCGACAAUAAAAUUUGUCACGCAUAAGCAAAGCUUUAUAGAUUGCCAAAAAAUGUACAUAUGUAUGUAUGUACAUAAGUACAUAAGUUGCCCCGCGCGGUGUUCAUCGGCCAUUUGGGAAACUGCAGGGUAUUACCAAUCAGCAUUAUACUCGACUCUAAGCCCACACACACACCCACACGCAAGCACACACACGCGAGCGCAAACACAUGGAUCUCUUUGCAUUGGUGUUGGGGUUCGGCGAUAAGAAAAUCGAGCCAU